AUCAAAACAGGCAUAACCAGGGAAGCGACAGGAGUUUCAUCUCCCAUUGUCAUCCUUAUUUAAUAACUUUUACCAGUUUUUCAGGAAUACAAGAUUUAUAAUAACUGUUUUUGAAGACUUCAACGCAUUCUUUUAAAAAGUAUUUGAUAAUACACGGACUAUCUAAAGACAGUAUUGACGUGGGCCAGAUAGAGCUAGAAGUAAAGUUGACACAUAACCUCAACAAGAGUUGCACUUCAGUCAAUAGAAUACUAUCAACAUGGCUCUGCCUACUUUGCACUGCCCAAAUCGGACGGAUUUCUUGUGAAGUCACAGUCGUAGUCGUUUUUGAGAAUUGAAAUAUUUAAAUUUAUUGUUAUAAGAUACGCAAUGAUUUUUGAACUAUUAUUUUUAAUUCCAAGUGAUUUCGAGUUGUGUAGCCUACAGUGAAUUUAUUUUGAAAAAACUGAUUGGGAAGUUUGUAAUGUCAAUGCUUUGUAUCUCCUUCCCAGUUUUGUGGUUGUGAAAAAUGUAUCGGAAAUUUCAAGGUUUUAGGGCUUAUAGAAAUUAAUAAUUUACGUUAUAAUUGGAAAUUUUCAAUCAAUUACAAGUUAUCCAAUUCAAUUGAGUAUAACUUUUAGCUUAUUGACAUUUUAUUUAUGUUUCAUUCAAAAUCUUUUUGAGUAGGGUAGAGUCUUUCUUUGUCAUUCACUUCAAUUACAAAUAGAGCUCAUUUAAAGUUAAUCUUGAUUGACAAUUAUUUUCUAAAUAUAAUAAUAUCUUGAGAUUUUAAAUACUUUUUACAAUCUGAUUUAUGUACCUAGUUUGUUCGAAUAAGGUACGGAUUGUAAUGUCGGAUUCUUUGAAUAGUAUCAAUAUCAUCCAUAAUGUCUGUAAAUUCUGCAACAAAAAUGGAAGUCGAUAAUCCAUCUAUAUUGAAAAGAUCUAGUAGCGCACCCAUGAUAAAUGAUUUGAAUCCAGCAAUGACUACUUCUUCAACUACAGUUACCAAGCAGAGGGAGCCAACUUCAUCGUUCAACUUCUUCUCAACACAUGGACGAGCUAGACGUAGCUCUUAUAGUGCCAGUUUUAGUCCAAUGCAGAACUCAGGAGGACUAUCUCCCCGUCUAACACCCAGAGUUAAUCAGAUCCUACAGGAAGAAUGCGAAAAUGCUAUUGGAAGAGAAAUGGCCCAUGAGAGAGAGGUUCAUUCAGCAAUGGCUAUGUCAGCAUCAUGUGAGGAUCUACGAUUAGUUGGCAGUAAAGAUGAUAAGUUGAACGAGAACUCGGAAAGCAACGACUCGACGAAUGGCAGUGUUGGUGGUGGGGGUGGGGUCGGAGGGGGGAGCAAGAUGGCGCGCACCGGUCUGCUGGACCCACUGCACAUCAGUACGGCGAUCCACACGUCCCCCUCGCCCUCACCCACGCGCAUGCUCACUAUGCGACCCAACAACUUCUCACCCACCGCCUGGCGCACCAACCUUUCACCUAGUCCUACUCGCAAAUCGUUCUGCACCAGGCGGAGCUCUAGCCCAAUUGCUAUGCGUCCAUCAAGCUUGGGGCCUGUGAAACGAAAGGUUGAUGUGGAUGAUAACGAACCACCUGCAAAGAGAUCAUCUGGACUUCUCCUAGCACAAUCAAGAUUGGAUGUGACAGCUAGUCCGUUGACUGGGUCGUUGAGCUCAGUGGGCACGCCAGAGUCGCUGUCCAGUGCCGGAUCUCCGGGAAGCUUCAUCGACAACAGCACGACCCUGGCGGAUCAUCCUAUGCAGGACCUAGGAAAAGCAGCGCCCGCCAGUCCCACAUAACCCACCCUCAUCCAAGUCAGUGUCUAGUCGUUCUCGCCACUCAGGAAAGCCGAUAAUCAUUCAUUCAUCCCGCAUCUAGUUAUUGUGUAAUCGACCAACGAACAACGAGAUUCAUGCUUGAAGAUUACGUGUGACCUUUUUUUAAUCUUGAUAAAGCAAAGCUACUUUUAGGCAACUGAUUAGUAACCCAAUUUACUAUACAGGUUUAAUGCACUUCAAAGAAUCAAAUUAUAUAGACAAGUUAACAAAUAACCUAGCUACUGUAUUCAAGUACAGUCAACAAUAAAUUUUCAAGCUGGAUCAAAAUCUUCUCAAAUAUGUAUUUUUGUUUGUAUGUGCAUUCGCAAACUGCAAUACAAUAUCGAGAAAUUUAGCUCUUAAAAUUUGAUUAGUCCAUUUAUUUUAAUCUUACUGUACAUGGAUAUAGUACUGAUUUCAAGGAUCCAAGAUCCUUCUUACACAUAUUACUGCAAAAUUGGAAAUCUCUUUUCAGAGAUCAAAAGAAGACUAAUGAAAAAUCACGUUAUUGAAAAAUAAUGGUCGGUAUCGAAACAGCAGAUUCUUGACCAGUUGAUGACUUACUAAACUGAUUUUUAUCAUUUCAGCAAGUCUCGUUCUCGAAAUGCAUUUUUACUAGAUAAUUUCACUUCUAAGAAUCCCAAAUCCCACUAGGAUCCUGUGUUUUAUCAGUUCCUUAUAAAAUGUGGAUUGAUAUUAGAAACAAGUAGCUUGUUUAAAGGAAAUCUGUAUUGCCUUCUUAAGGCUGUGUACAGGCUAAAAAUAAACUUUCUACUGGUGAUAUUUUUCAAAAUUUUUCGAUUUGUGACUAACGAUCAGAAUUAAAAAGUUUUCUCAGGAAAACAUUUUUUUUAUCAUUACUUUCUGAGAUAUGAGCGCUCAAAGAUUAAUCUUUUUGGACAGAACAUUUCAAAUUCGGUAAGAGAUAAACCCAUGAGAUUCAGAGGAUAUUAUGGUAUUGUUGAUUGAAUAAAACGAAAUUUUUUGAAAAUAUCAAUUUUUGAUAAUGUUACUCAAUUUACUAAAAAUGACCAAAAAUAACUUUUAGUUGAGUUAUUUUUGGUAAAUUGAAUAACUUCCUCAAUUUUUGUUUUAUUCAAUCAACAAUACCAUGAAGAAUUCAUCCUCUAAAUCUCAUGGAUUUAUCUCUUACCGAAUUUGAAAUGUUCUGUCCCAAAACGUAUCUCAAAAAUUAAUGAUCGGGAAAAAAUGUUCUCCUGAGAAAAACUUUGAAAGAUAUCACCAGUAGAAAGUUUAUUUUUAGCCUUUGCAAAGCCUUGAAAACUAUAUAAUUAUUAAUAUUGUGAUUAUUAUGCAGUGGAAUGUAAUUAUCAUAGUUAUGCUGAACGCCCACCAAAAUAAAUUAAUUUAUAAUAUUUUCAAAAUCAUAUAAUCUUUAAUCAUAUCCAAAAACUGGAAAAUAGAAAUCAAAUGUUCUUCUCAAGUUUUGGAAAAAAAACUUCGGAUCUCUUUUUCUUGUUAUUUUGAUUUUUCAUUCUUAGCGCAGUUUAUUCUGAGAACGCUAGUGAUUUUUGUGGUAAUUACUCAGUCAUGUAUUAUUCAAUUUAUUAAAACCAUUUAGAUGAAGUUUUCUAGUUAAAUUUGGGAUUGAACAUUUUCUGCUCCCCUCCGAAUUCGAAUAGUUGAAUAACUUUUUAGGUCUAGUCUAAUGUUCGUUUUUUCUAUCUAUUUUAUAGGACUCAGUUAUUCCUCAUACAUAAAUAGCAAAUAAGCACCAAAUCCAACAGUUUUUUGACUUCCACUUUAUUACACUCAUAUUCUACAAUAAACUACAAAGAAUAUGAAUUACGACUACUAUAAAUAGUAGUAUAGAAUAGAUAAAUCUAUUUCAAAUAACUCGAGUAGAAUUAAAUAGCCGAGACUAUAACGUUUUUGAAAUUAUACUAAUGUGCAGUAUAACUUAUACACUGUGUUUCAAUAAGAAGAAUCUGUCAUAAGUCAUGAGACUAAUAAUAGGAGUGAAAUUAUGAUAAAUUGUAGGGAAUUUUGAAUAGUAAAUUAUCAAUCAUCCACUGAAUAACUUGAGCUUCUUCCUUUCUGAUCUGUUCAUAGUUUUUUUCGGUUCAUGUAAAAGUGUGAAAAAUGUUAUCCACUUCUCUAUUAGAAUCACAGCAGAGAUUGCUAAAUCACGCACUUUCGCACUACAUAUAUCUCACAGAUUUAUCCACUGUUUUAUCUUGAACAUAAUAUGUACCAUUCUCAUUUUGAGCCUUCAACUUCUACUAAAAUAGAAUGGUAUUCUUAAAUUAUUGUCUUUCCUCUUUGUUGGAAAUCAGGAGUUCAUCAAUAAUUAUUGGUGUUGUUUCAAUACUUUUUUGGAGUAUUAGACUUUAGCCUUUUAGUUCUAGUAACUAGAUGUAAAUGUAAACUCGUAAUCUGGAUGUUAUAAUUGUUGUAUUCAAAUUUUAACUACUAAUCUGGCCAUUUCAAUUUUUGAAUAGAAGGCUUUGUUGAAAUAUAACUUGAUACAAUUUGUUGUUCUGUUUUAUAUAGCUAUAGUUCAUUUAAUUUGUUCUUUCAAGAAGCUCUGUCAUUUAUUAUCAUCACUGAAUCUGUUUAUCUUCUUCUAUCUGUUCACAUUCUAUAGUCGCUCAUUCAUUCAUUAUAGCGUAAAUCAUUAGUUAGAAGUUGCUUACCAUUUCAAAGAGUGGGACGAUGGGGAUGAAAUAAUAUGUUUCAAUGUAAAAUACUUAUAAAAUAUAGCGUUGUUUUGGUGUUUUAAAAUGACACCUGUGGCAGUGCAAUGCUUCACAUUUCAGAAUACACUAAUAUACUAUUGAUCCACUAUUAAAAUCCGUAUAGUAUGCUUUUCCGGAUUAUAUAUUAUGUUAACCAAUAUAAAUAAAUUACAACUUACAUAGUAAGUAAUUACAGAUAUUACAACGCGGUCCGAUGAGAAAAUUUACAAAUUUACUAAAUAAUUCCAUAACGGUCCAUAAUAUUCAUGUCAUAAUUAUCAAUGUUCGUAUCGUAUCUUGCUCUGUAGAGUCUUUUUGGUCAUUUUAUGAACUUCAAAAAACUACUACCAAAUUUGAAUUCCAUCAAACUAAGUUUAAAUAGUCAUAAAGCCUAAGAACUUUAAAUGCUUUCUUAUAUUUUUCAUCACUGCUUCUGUCCCUCAAUUUCUGUUUCUUGUUUUAUUAUUUUUUUUCUUGAAAGCAUAACUAUUUAAAACCGUGUAGUAGAGACUACUGUAUUGUGAUAGAAUCUUAUUUUUAAAAGUCUUAAUGGAAAUGUUUUAAUAAUUAUGUUUUUCAAAUUUAACCUAAUUAUAAAUACUUGUUACAGAGUCAUUACAAGGCUUUAGUUAAACAAGAGUAACUCACUUUCAACCAUCGAAAAGCUAUAAAACUUCAAUAAUCCAUUAUUGCAAUCAUUACAUAUUCAUUAUCAAUAAAUCUAUAGUGUUAUACAAGAAAUUAUUAUCAAGAAAAAUUAAAGAACUAUCAUGGAUAAAGAUAUUUUUUAAUAUUCAAUGUAAUAGUUUUAUGUAAGGAAUCCAUUUCAUAAUUUGCAGUUAGCUGCUUUCCUAUUGUCGGGCGUUAUGUCCUUGGGAGGUUUUCGCUACCGAAGAAAGUGAUUCGUCAACUUUAUUAGCAAUAAUUUAUCAUUAAGAAUAGCAUUUAUAAAUAGGUGGAAUUACUAUUCAAUAGAUUGGUGAAUCGAAUAGUAUUUUGAAACUUCUCUAGUAUUGUAAUUUAUUUAUUAUGUGAAUUAUAAGUUAUAGUAAUUUGAUUAACCAAUAAUAUACGUAGAUUUUUGCGAUAUUAAACAUCAUUUUACACUUGGAAAGUUCAUAGCAGGUACCGUUUGAAUAUUCCAUACUCUUCAACAUUUUCUGUUGUAUCUUCAACGACCUUAAACGCUGCUUUUCCCAAAAUAUGUGAUUAGAUAUUUAUAGAUAGAAAGCCAAAGAUUGAUAAUAAACUUAUCAUACCUUUGAAUAGAGACUGAUUUAUGAUUAAAAUUUAAUAGUGUUCUUGUAAAUUAAUCUAGUAAUGUAUUCUUGUUGUUUCUUGUUUUAAAACAUUGUUUAAACUUUUGUGCAAUUUGUAAUAGUUCAUACAAACGUGAUUCAGUGUAACAUUCUGAACAUGAAGAAGAGGAGGAAUGAGAAAGUUAAGUAUCUCCUCUAACAUUACCACUAUUAUCGUUCAUUCUGGUAAUGCCUCUAAAAGUGAAACCUUAUUUGAUAUUAAAUUCCUUUGAUUCAGUGUUUUACUAAUAUUUUUAUUUGUCAUCUCUGAAUUUCUAUACCUUUCGGUUUGUUAGUAACAAUGAAGUUGAAGUUUGAAAAACGCAUUAGUUAGAAAUAACUUUUUCGUUUUCAUGUUACAUAAAGUACAAAAUUGCUCUGCUAAAUCUUAAUUGUCCUGGACCUUUAGCUGCCUUAAUAUAUCAAUUGUUUAUUGUGAACUGUACACUGUAAAUUGUAAA